CAUGUUCCAUACCACCACCAGUUGUGCAAAUAUCACCAAGCAACCAAGUACCAUCCCACAGUCCAAUGGAGCCAGACCACAAAAGGCCUUCAGGUUCAACAGAGUACCAGCUGAAGAAGUAUCUUCUUCUGCUAGCCACUCUGGUAGCAACGGUGACAUAUGCGGCAGGGCUCAACCCUCCAGGGGGGGUCUGGCAGGACACACAGGAUGGACACCUUGCCGGCGACCUAAUCCUUCGUGAUACCCACUACCACCGUUACCUUGCGUUCUACUACUGCAAUGCGACUGCAUUCGCCGCGUCACUUGUGGUAUGUCUCCUCCUCCUUGUCCUGGGCAGCAAGACCAAGGCCUGGGCAGCUGCGCUGCGGGUGGUCAUGGUUCUCGAUUUACUUGGCCUCAUGGGGGCUUAUGCUGCUGGCAGCUGCCGUGAUGUAUUCACAAACAUCUACUCCUCAGUGAUAAUGUCAGCCAUCUUCACCUACAUCGCGAUUGCUAUCUUCGUCUAUGUCUACUCCGUGAAGCAAGACGAGGAUACUGCCAAACACAAACGUGAUGAUCAGCACGAGGUCUUGAUGCUACUCGCAACCUUUGUCGCUACCAUCACAUAUGUGGCUGGGCUGAACCCACCAGGUGGCUUCUGGAGCAACGCUGAGUAUGGCCACCAUGUCAGUGACCCAAUUCUGCAGGACCACAACUCCAGCCGCUAUCAGGCGUUCUUUGUCUGCAACACCACCGUAUUUGUUUCAUCCCUUCUUAUUAUCAUGUUGCUCCUUGACAAGAACUUGAUAAUAUCUUUACCUGCAAAGAAGCUCAAGUCUGUACGGUUUGUUGCAUUGUAUGGGUUUAUCGUCGUCGCACUAUUUGGCCUUGUUGGUGCCUAUGCUGCUGGGAGCUGCAGGGAGCUUGACACCACCACCUAUGUUGUUUGUCUGAUUGGCGCAGUUCUUGCAUACAUCUUCCUUCAAGUGGCUAUUACGAGAGCCAUAACUGAAAAUGCUCCAGCCUGGCUGCAAAAAAUAAGGAAAUUAUUCGUUGAGCCAAAAAGGUAUGUAAGCACUACCAAGGCCGCAGCACAAAAGAAACCCAGGGCCAACGACGCACUGGAAAAAGCACGCAAUCUUGUAAUAUUGCUUGCUACUCUCGUCGCGAGCAUCACUUACCAAGCUGGGCUAGAUCCACCAGGUGGCCUCUGGCCAGAUGACCAGGAUGGGCAUAAGGCUGGUGACCCAGUACUGCUCACAACGCACCCGACGCGGUACAAGGUUUUUUUCUACAGCAACUCAGCAGCUUUUGUGGCAUCAUUAAUUGUCAUCACAAUGGUCCGGAGUAGUUCCCUUCUUAAGCGGCAUACACUGGAGGCAGCCAUGUUAUUGGAUUUAUUCCGUCUUAUAGGUGCUUAUGCCACUGGGCGUUGCAGGGACGUAAGCACCUCUAUAUACGUUGUCGCCUUGGCUGGAGCUAUCUUUGUCUAUGUGGUGAUCCAUAUAGUUUUCUUCACAUUAGACUACAACGACAAACAGGAAGAUGCUAAUCUUUUGGAUAGUAGGCGUGAGGUGUUGCUUCUCUUGGCAAUCUUGGUUGCUACACUCACUUAUCAAGCUGGUUUGACUCCACCUGGCGGCUUCUGGUCAGCAGACGACAACUUGGGACACCAAGCAGGAUUCCCGGUCCUCCUAGAUAACUGCCCUCAGCAUUACAGGGCAUUCUUCUACUGCAAUGCUAUUAGCUUCAUGUCAUCCGUAGCUCUAAUUGUCCUACUUGUGAACCCAAAUCUAUACAGGCCAGCCAUACGGUGCUAUGCACUCUACGUAUGCAUGGUGGCGGGCAUGUUUGGGCUCAUGGGUGCCUAUGCUGCUGGAAGCUCCCGCCAACUACGAACUUCCAUCUAUGUAUUAACAUUGGUUGCAGCAGUGUUUGCUGUUGUAAUCUUGCAAGUGGUCAUCUUCUGGAUUCGCAACUCGAAAAAUAAGACCCCUGGACAAGUUGGCAGCAGCAGCAGCAAUGUGUCCCCUGAUCCAGCAAAUGGGCCCUAUGAGCAAGGAGUCGGCAGUGUUGAGUCUUCUGAAAUAAGAUCCCACAACACAGAUAUUGAAUCUGCUGAACACCUCAAACAGAAAAUGGAGAAGGAACUCCAAGACGAAGAGGAAAAUGGUGAAGUAAAAAGAAAAAAGGACAUGCGGGAGUACUUGAUGCUGCUAGGAGUCUUGGCCGCGAGUGUGACCUAUCAAACUGGUCUUAAACCACCAGGCGGUCUCUGGCAAGAGAACAACAAUGGACACUCUUCUUCCGGCAACUCAGUACUGCACGACAUCAACAAACGCCGGUACCACGCUUUCUUCUAUAGCAACUCCACUUCGUUUAUGGCCUCUAUCGUCGUCGUUGUCUUGCUUCUUCCAAGGACCCUGCACAACCACAAGUUGCUACUCUGGCCAAUGCACACAGCAAUUUUGCUAAACAUGCUCGGUCUCCUGGGUGCAUACGCAGCAGGCAGCACAAGGGACUUGGCGACAUCCAGGAAUGUCAUCUGUCUAGUCAUCCCUGUGCUAGUGUAUAUUGCAGCCUAUGAAGCCUGGUCAUUCUAUCAAAGAAACACCAAGGUCACAAAGGAGAUUCUGCAUCAACCAAUUAGUGAUGAGCAAAGUUAA